AGAAUGGGUUCUGAAACAUUUCUUGAAGUCAUCCUUGCUAUCUUACUUCCUCCUGUUGGUGUUUUCCUACGAUAUGGCUGUGGUGUGGAGUUUUGGAUUUGUGUGUUGCUGACAAUACUGGGAUACAUACCGGGCAUUAUUUAUGCACUCUAUGUCUUGGUUGGAUAAUAUAAUACUCUCUGUAUUCUCCAAUAAAUACUAUUUUAAUUUCUUAUUCUGCCUUCUUUUUAU